AUGGAUUUUCUAUUUUUCGUGGUUUUGAUAUCGCUGGCUUCCGCGUCGACGGUGCUGAAUGGGGCCGACAGGCAGGUUUCUCGAUUUAUGACGAUCGAUUUGGACAGUAAACUGACGUGCUACUACGAGCCGCUCGAGCCGGGGAUGAACGUCCGGUUAAAUUUGAGGACUUACCGCUCCGAGACGCACCAGCUUCAACUCCGCUUUUCGUCCCCGUCCGGCGAACUCUCGGAUUGGCAGAGCGGGCAGGGCCUGGUUCAUGCGUACUACAACGUCACCGAAAUAGGUGAUUACGAGAUCUGUAUCCAUUCGGCAACCCCAACGCGCGUCAGCUUGCACAUUUACUUCUUCGACCCGGCCCACAUCGAGGCCGAGCUCGCCAAAUGGCUAGAGGAGCACGAGCUCUCUAAUAAUGUACAGGAAAUUGUAAAAACCCUCGUCCACAACCUCUACAAAAUCAAGUACGCCAUAAAGUACUACAACCAAGUGACGGGCAGGGAUCAGGAGAUGCAGCAGAGUAAUUCCGACAAUAUUUCCAACUAUUCGAUAGCGUUCAGCUGCGUGGCCGUCAUAAUGGCUUUUGUGCAGGUCUACCUCGUUCGCCGCAUGUUUUUCGUCGACCAGAAGCGGAUAAGGAUC